GGGGCCGGGGUAGUGACGACUCUGCAGGAACAUGAGCCUGGUGGAGGUGAGGCAGGCAGCGGGGACCCUGACCCUGUCCCUGUCCAGCAACGACCCCAAGGAAAGCUACUUCGACCGCGUGGAUGAGAGUGACCCCGAGUACCUCCGCAGCAGGAACAUGUCACCGGACCUGAGGCAGGACUUCAAUAUGAUGGAGCAGAAGAAGAGGGUCACCCAGAUACUGCAGAGUCCUGUAUUUAAAGAUGAGCUGGAAGGCCUGAUUCAGGAUCAGAUGACGAAGGGCAACAACCCCACAGGUCUCCUGGCUCUUAGACAGAUUGCUGACCUGGUCAUGGCAAAUACCAUGGGAGGAGCUGGCCCCUUGACAUCACCCAUCAGUUUUGGGAUGGUAACUCCAGUCAAUGACUUGUACGGCAUUGAGUCUCCAUCGUUUGCUAAGGGGGAGAAGCAGAGUCGCUGCAGGCUGGCCAGCCUCUACAGGCUUGUUGAUCUCUUCAGCUGGGCUCGUUUUACAAGCUCCUACAUCACUGUGCGUGUCAGUAAGGAGCAGGAUCAUGUUCUCAUUAAUCCACGAGGUUUGUCUUUCGCUGAGGUGACGGCAGCAAAUUUGGUGAAAGUAAACAUGAUUGGUAAUGUUGUGGACCAGGGUGCUACUGAUCUGGGUAUUGACCAUUUUGGAUUUGCUCCUCAUGCUGCCAUUUACUCCAUGCGCCCUGAUGUGAGAUGUAUCAUCCACAUACAUACCCCUGCCACAGCUGCUGUGUCCUCGAUGAAAUGUGGAAUCCUGCCCAUUUCCCAGGAGGCUUUGCUUCUGGGAGACGUGAGCAGCUUUGGUUACCAUGGCAGCCUAGAUAAUAAAGAGGAGAAGGUGGUGUUUCAGAAAGCUCUGGGCCCUACUGCCAAGGUGAUGAUCCUGAGGAACCAUGGGCUGCUUGCUCUGGGAGAAACAGUGGAAGAAGCUUUUCAUUAUGUGUACCACUCCCAGCAAGCAUGUGAAAUCCAGUUGAAUGCUUUGAGGUGUGCCGGCAGCACGGACAACCUCGUGCUCCUGGACAGAGAGAAGUUUAAACCCCUGACCCAGGGAGUGGCUGCUGCCGGGGUGGUAAUCGACAGUGAGGUCAAGUGGAAAGUGGGCGAGGCAGAGUUUGAGUCCCUUAUGAGGAUGCUGGACAACCUGGGAUACAGAACAGGCUACUCUUAUAGGAACCCCAUUGUCCGUGAAAAACCUCGGUCCAAGAACGAUGUGGAGAUCCCUGCCACAGUGUCCGCAGUGCCACUGGAGGACAGUGAGCUGGGUCUGCAUAGCCCCUUUAAGUUUAUGGUGCAGAAACAGCAGAGAGAAAGGACUCGGUGGCUUAAUUCACCCAACAGCUACUUAAGGGUCAGUGUUCCUGAACAAUCACCCAGCGGAGAUGUCAGCCCCAGGACCAAGACAAUGUGGAUGAAGUCUUCACAGCCAGGAAACAAAAUUGGCACACCAAUAAAGAUUGAGGACCCUAACCAGUUUGUCCCACUUAACACUGAUCCCACAGAGGUUUUGGAUAAGAGGAACCGGAUAAAAGAACAGCACAGAGGUGACUUGAUGACUUCCGGACCAAAGUCUCAGUUAUUAGCAGGCAUUGCAGUGGACACCAUACCAGGCCCAGCUUUCAUCAUUGAGGAUGAAGAGCAUACUCGCUCUCUUCCGCCCAACCCGUUCAACGAGUUCACAGAGAAGGUGCUUGAGGAAUACAAGAACAUGGUGGAAAAAAGACAGCAAGGCCAAGACGACGAUGAUGAUGCCACUGAUGCAGAUGAGAUGACAACAUUUGAUGGCUCUACUAUCUCCCUUUCUCUGUCUCCCAUCAUGACGCCAGCUAAGCAAGACGCAAUACCCAAUGGGAAAGACCACUUGGCGGAGCUGGAGGAGGAUCUGAGCAUCGAGGUAUCCAAGCUGAGCGUGAGCACUUCGGAAACGGUGGAAAUAUCCAUAACAACGAAUGAGAAGACGGGAGAUGCACAGACCCCAGAGAGCCAAAGCAAGUCCCCCAAGAAAAAGAAAAAGAAGUUUCGCACACCUUCAUUCUUGAAAAAGAGCAAAAAGAAGGAGAAGGAAAAAACAGAAGCCUGAGUGCAUUAACUGUAAGAACGAUGUGUUUUGCUAGGAAAACAACUGAGUUGCCUUCUUAAUUUUCAGUUUGUCGAAGGGAAGUUCAUCAUUUAGUCAGAAAGUCUCCCAGGACAGUGUUGUUUUUACAUCCUGCACAUCCUCCCUCAUUCACAGCUAUUAUUUCAUGUGAAAGUCUUUCCAAGAUGUGCCAGCAGAUGGUAAUAUGGAUGUGUUUUCUUUUUCCCCUGUGAGAAUAUGUGAUUGACUGCUCCUGAGGGCUCAGUGAAAUGAAAUCAAAUGAAAGGUAAAGGGGGGGGGGGGGGGCGUAUUUGUGGGUGUUUUUACCCAUAUUUUUUAAUGGGGUUAAAAGUCAUGGAUACAUUAGAUUUGGGCCUGUUUAGUGUUUGUGAUUUUCUUUUCUUUUUGCACAAAUUCAUUUUUGAAUGUAUACUGAAAGAUUGUGAGAUUUAACACCAGUAGUGUAACAGUGUCUGAACAAAACCAGUAUUACACAACAUUUAGCCUUCCAAGAAGUACGAUUUGUAUCUGAACAUGUUCAUAGUUAUACUAUCUUGUAAUAAUAUGUCGGUUUAUAUUAUAGAUAUUACAUUAUAGUGUUUGAUGAUUUGAUAGUCUACAUAUUUACUUUACAUACUAACCUUUAUACUAAACAUGCUGUGAUUGAUGAUACAAUAAUCAUUCAUGUUGUUUUUACAUUUAUGUCAGUGGCAUUGUUCCCAUGGUUGCUGCUUUAUUGUAAUUGUGAGAAGGAAUUGACUGUGACUGACAGAACGAGCUCAGCAAAGUGAUGAUCCUUGCUUAUUGAUGGUUUUGAAUGAGAAGUUUCGACUUUUACAGAAUAUUUCAAUUUCUGUUGGGAUGGGAGCUGACAAGCCUGAAUCACAGGAAGUUUAGUUGAACAUGAUGGAUGUUUUUGACUAAUUUUGUCCAAAUAUUCGGUUGAUGGCAAUAUGCUGUGGAAAGCUUUUCUGUGUAGCCACUGUUAUAGAUUGAUAUAAAAAUAUAUUAGAGGAUCAUAUAUUUACAUCCCAGUCAAUAAUGUGAAUGAUUUGUUUUGACCCAACGGGAGUGAAUUCUUUGCCUUUGUACAUAAUUUGUAUGUGUGAAGUUAUUUUGUUACGUUAAACCAAAUGUUAGACAAUGAAACAUAGAAAUGUGACAGUACAAUCUAAUAACAUUUUAACACUCCUUUUUAUCUUCUUUUUUUUAUCCACCGUAAUGAAGCUCCUUAUUUACUGAACAUGCACCACACAAUGUGUUUACAAAUGAUGUAAGUUGUGUACCUAGUGCUCGUAUUUCCUCUGUGUUUACAUUGCUAUUUGUAUUGCCUGGGUUUAUCCACAGUGCUUUACAUUACAGUCACCUGGCCUCAAAGUCAGUCCUUUUAAAAUUGCCUUCCAGUCUGCCUGAUGUAAUAAAAGCUGGGAUAUGUUUCCAUAAG